AUGGCCGGCCUCUCCCAGUCUGCCAUCAUCGUCAUCAUCAUCAUCUGCUGCCUCGCUGCCGUCUGUAUUGCUGCCGCCGUCUUCCGCAACUUCAUGCCCGCCGACCAUGCACCCAAAUCCUUCGAUCCCCCGCGCGAACAAGAACAGUACAUGCGUACCGUUCGAAUGCGAAACUACAGCCAUCUUCAUCGGGAGUCCGUGGGUCCGAGGGAUCUAGAGUCGCAGUUUAACUCUCACGUGGAGACCUCUCAUGAAGGCUCGUCGGCGUAUUAG